GCGGAACGGAGGUGACGGUUUCGACGGCGCCUUUUGGCAGCUCUGCAAAGGCAAACGUGUACUGUUGCUGAUUUUGUCGUCGAUCUGCCAUUUAUCGCGUAGUCGAAGCGAGGGAAGUCUUAGCCAUCUGCGCGAUUGGAAUGCAGCCUUAGCUCGGCACUGAAAAUGAACGCACGUCACUAGCUUGCGCCGGAACGGGAAGAAAUCUACGUCAUCGCAGUUAUUUAUUUUGGUUCGCGCGCGUAGAACCGUCGGAACGUAGUGGCGAAGAAAGUCGCGCGCGCCAAUUGUAGGCCAGUGUCCGUGUGGCAUGGAGGACGAGCUGGAAGAUAAGAUACUCUAUCAGACGCUGUCCAAGUCGCACAUGAAGCUGCUCUCGAAGUUCGCCGUCGGCGUUACGCCGCUCAACAGCUCGCUCAGCUACGCGUGGAAGGUGAUGCGGGUGUAUCUGCUCAAGCCGGAAGUGCUGAUCGCCGGCCUGCUGAUCUGUCUGUUCGUUCUCUACCUGCAAGCGGCCGAAGUAUGGAGCCGCGGGUUUAUCGGCCGCAUCAGCAGCUCACUCGGGCUGGGCAAAGGAACGGGACGCUCCGGGAAGCUGGCCCUGCUGGCGUCGGGCCCCGAGAAGCCCAGCUGGGACGAACGAGCUACCGGAAGUGCCGUAUACGCCGUACAAGGUCGUCGAGCGAAAAUGGAGGAUAGGUACGUGAUUAGCGAAGAUAUCAACAAAACCGGCAUCUCGCUGUUUGCCAUCUUCGACGGGCACGGCGGUGAGUAUGCGGCCGAGUACGCCAAGAACGUGCUGGUAAGAAACAUCAACCAAAAGCUGACCCAGUCAUCCGCAAUCGCCGAUGGUGGAGCACCGGUGGAUGGAACUGGCGUGGAUGCUGACUGUGCACCGAAAGUAAACGGGGAAGGUGCAUCGGCCACGACACCGAAGGAAGAAAUCAACGAACGCUACAAAUUGAACAGUGGAGCAGGGACUCUUGCGGCCUCCGCUUCAGCAGAUGGAGUCCAACGGCGGCAAUCGUUUCGCAAGUCGAAAACGGAAGACACCAUCGGGACAGGGAGUGCCAGUGGCAACAGCAUCAACAGCAACCACAUCAGCAGCAGCAAUCAACAGCUGGAAAAUGAUCUGUUGAGUAAAUACAUGGGAAAUGCUUCCCCGGCUCGUCAGCAGAUGAAGAAGAGUUUACUGAACGGAACGGGACUCAGUGGCAGUGGCGAGCAGACGGAAGCGAAACCGAAGACCUACGAUGCGCGGUGCUACGUGCAGAAUGGGAGCAUCAAUUUUGGCAAGAUCCUUACCGACGAGGUACUAGCGGCUGACCACGACCUCGUCGAAACGGCCAAACAAUUGACGGACUUUGCUGGCACCACUGCCCUGAUAGCCGUGAUACACCGCACCAAGCUGAUCGUGGCGAAUGUGGGCGAUUCGCGGGGUGUUAUGUGCGACCACAAGGGUAACGCCAUACCACUCUCAUUCGAUCACAAACCGCAGCAGGUCCGAGAGCAGAAGCGAAUUGCGGACGCGGGUGGUUUCAUUGCCUUUAAAGGUGUUUGGCGUGUGGCCGGCAUUCUGGCGACGUCCCGUGCCCUGGGUGACUAUCCGCUCAAGGAGAAGAAACUGGUCAUUGCUGAUCCGGACGUGCUGUCGUUUGAUUUGGUAGAUCACAGGCCCCAAUUUCUUAUCUUAGCCUCCGAUGGACUGUGGGAUACGUUCACGAACGAGGAAGCGGUGGCGUUUGUGCGCGAGAGGCUCGAUGAACCACAUUUGGGUGCCAAAAGCAUUGCUCUACAGUCGUUCCGUCGCGGUUCGGUUGAUAACAUCACUGUGCUAGUGAUCGUACUAAAGAACGGCAGAUUUGAAGUAGGAUCGUCAAGUCAAAAUUGAGCGAUAUGUCUUGUAAUCCCGCAGGAAGGAGAUCGCGAGUAAACGCGAGAUCGUACCCUCUGAUGAUGAUUUGUUGAUUUCAUGUUUGCUGUGUUGCGAUAAGAUAAGAUUAGUGUUUCGUUUCUGUCCAUUUAUUUGUCAAACAGAUCUCUUGAAGCACCACUUGUGACA